ACGCCGCGGUGCCAGUGUUGCUCAAGUCGCGACCGCCGUCUGAUUUUUAGCAGCUAAAAAUGUUUUGUGUGUGUUUGUUAAAUGUUUCUGUUGUUUAAGAGCGCAAAACAAAUGUGUAAACUCAAUGAAAAUGAAGUGAGCAAGUGAGCUUAAUGUGUGUGCGCAAUGCAUUUCCUCGUAAAAAGCGAGGAUCGAACCCUUCCGCCCCCCGCCUCAUUAAACGCGCCAGGAAAUGAGAAAUCAUAAAAGAUUAUGAACGAAUAAAGCGGAAUGUACAUGUGUUUGCCGCCGCAAUGUGUGUGUAACAAAUAACAACAAAUUCUGGCUAUGUUAUCUAUUCGUUGAAAAGUCAAUCCAGUGGCCAAAUAAAACAAAAUAACCGAAAUCGAAAAUGCGCGACAACUAGUGUAAAUUCGUGUUGUUGUUGUUGUGGUUGUCGGAACCCCCGCCUCUCUCUCUCUGCCGCACACACACUCACACGCACGCACGCUCUCCCACUCACACACACACACACAGACGCACACAUACAGCAUCCCCGGAAAAUAAAUAAAAGUAAAUAAUAAUAUAAACCAAAAUUAUUGCGGAUCUAAAGGCUUUGGAUACACUAAAACCACAAAAUGCAGGCCAAAAAGCGUUAUAUUUUGGUCUUCGUUUCCUGCGCUUUUUUGGCCUACGCCUAUUUCGGUGGAUAUCGCCUGAAAGUUUCGCCAUUGAGACCCCGUAGAGCCCAGCACGAAUCGGCCAAGGACGGUGGAGUCCAACCCCACGAGCAGUUGCCCAGCUUCCUGGGCUCCCACGAUCAGCAGGAACUCAAACUGCUGCAGAGCAAUCAAUCGAAGAGUUUGGAGAGCUCCAAACAGCUGGUACCCCGUAAACCUGACUGCCGCAUGGAGACCUGUUUCGAUUUUACCCGCUGUUAUGAUCGCUUUUUGGUCUAUAUCUAUCCACCGGAGCCACUCAACUCACUGGGCGCUGCCCCGCCCACCUCGGCCAACUAUCAAAAGAUACUCACUGCCAUUCAGGAAUCGAGAUACUAUACCAGUGAUCCCACGGCCGCCUGUCUCUUUGUACUCGGUAUCGAUACUCUAGAUCGGGAUUCGCUAUCCGAGGAUUAUGUUCGGAAUGUGCCAUCCAGACUGGCGAGAUUGCCGUAUUGGAACAACGGGAGGAACCACAUCAUCUUCAAUCUGUACUCGGGCACUUGGCCGGAUUAUGCGGAGAACUCUUUGGGUUUCGAUGCGGGCGAGGCCAUUUUGGCCAAGGCCAGCAUGGGAGUGCUCCAACUGCGACAUGGAUUCGACGUCAGCAUCCCGCUCUUCCACAAACAAUUCCCGCUGAGGGCCGGCGCCACAGGAUCCGUGCAGUCCAACAAUUUUCCCGCCAACAAGAAGUAUCUGCUGGCCUUCAAGGGAAAGCGAUACGUGCACGGCAUUGGCUCAGAGACGCGCAACUCGCUCUUCCAUUUGCACAACGGACGCGACAUGGUCCUGGUCACCACCUGUCGCCACGGGAAGAGUUGGCGGGAGCUGCAGGAUAAUCGCUGCGACGAGGACAACCGGGAAUACGACAGAUACGACUACGAGACCCUACUGCAGAAUUCCACUUUCUGCUUGGUGCCGCGCGGACGUCGUUUGGGUUCCUUUAGAUUCCUUGAAGCCUUGCAGGCUGGUUGCAUUCCCGUGCUAUUGUCCAAUGCCUGGGUGUUGCCGUUUGAAUCGAAAAUCGAUUGGAAGCAGGCCGCCAUUUGGGCCGAUGAGCGCCUCCUGCUGCAGGUGCCCGACAUUGUGCGCUCCAUACCGGCGGAACGCAUCUUCGCCCUCCGCCAGCAGACACAGGUCCUGUGGGAACGCUACUUCGGCUCCAUUGAGAAAAUCGUCUUCACAACAUUCGAGAUCAUACGCGAACGCUUGCCGGAUUAUCCGGUGCGGAGCAGCCUGGUGUGGAACAGCUCGCCGGGCGCCCUGCUCACGCUGCCCACCUUCGCCGACAGCUCAAGGUACAUGCCGUUUCUGCUGAACUCGAUGGGUGCGGAGCCGCGUCACAACUACACGGCGGUUAUCUACGUGCAGAUUGGCGCCGCCCUGGGACCGAAUGCAGCGCUCUACAAGCUAGUCAGGACCAUCACGAAGAGCCAGUUCGUGGAGCGGAUCCUUGUCCUUUGGGCAGCCGAUCGGCCACUGCCGUUGAAGAAACGCUGGCCCCCCACCAGCCACAUACCCUUGCAUGUGAUUUCCCUGGGGGGCAGCACGAGGAGUCAGGGUGCUGCACCCACAAGCCAGACGACUGAGGGACGACCGAGCAUAUCACAACGAUUCCUGCCCUACGACGAGAUUCAGACGGAUGCCGUUCUCUCCCUGGAUGAAGAUGCCAUACUCAAUACGGAUGAACUGGACUUUGCCUACACGGUGUGGCGGGAUUUUCCCGAGCGCAUCGUUGGCUAUCCGGCAAGAGCUCACUUCUGGGAUGAUUCCAAGAACGCCUGGGGUUACACGUCCAAGUGGACGAACUACUAUUCGAUUGUGCUAACUGGGGCGGCCUUCUACCACCGCUACUACAACUACUUGUACACCAAUUGGCUGUCGUUGCUGCUACUUAAGACUGUACAGCAGUCCUCCAACUGCGAGGACAUCCUAAUGAACCUGCUGGUCUCGCACGUGACCAGGAAGCCGCCCAUCAAGGUGACGCAGCGCAAGGGCUACAAGGAUCGGGAGACGGGUCGUUCGCCCUGGAACGAUCCCGACCACUUCAUCCAGCGCCAGAGUUGCUUGAAUACCUUUGCGGCCGUGUUUGGCUAUAUGCCGCUGAUACGUUCCAAUUUGCGCAUGGAUCCCAUGCUGUAUCGUGAUCCAGUUUCCAAUUUGCGCAAGAAAUACCGCCAGAUCGAGUUGGUCGGCAGCUAGCGAUAUGUGCAUCCUGGCAACAGCUACAAGCGUUAAGAGUACUGAAUACAUAUACACCACACAGCCACACCCACAGCUACACCAAUACCCAUACACACACACACACAUAAGUUUAGAGGAAAUGCUGUUUUUUGACGCUGGCCAAGCGAUGCAAGGACUAUGUUAAUUAUUAUUAGUAGCGAAAAGAUGGAACUUAGUUAGGAGCCAAAGGGCGCUUGUAAAUGUAUGUAUGUAUGUGUACAUCGGUGUAAGCAUACGGCAUCCUUUGCAAUUAUAUAUGCAAUGUGUAUAUAUAUAGACUUUAAAUACGAUUAUGUGAAUUAGCCUAGUUAACUGCAAGCGAAGCAAACGAUUUUGCCAUCUUUUUUGCUAAUUACAAAUUAGCUGCGCUUAGCAAAUUUUCUAUAUGCAUACAUACAUAUGUAAAUUGAUAUAUGUCUAGGAACAUAAGUAGCCGAUUUUUGUACUGUGUGAGUUGAGUUUUGUAUGUGUAAAUGUUUGUAUGUCCUUGUUGUAACUCUCCGUGUAUAGUUAGUGAUUUAUCAAUGUGAACGUGUAUGCGCAAGGCACAGUCGUCUCAUUUUCAGUUUUAAAUUCCAACUUGAGGCUCCUCGAAUUCCGUAUAUGAAACCAAUCGACUGUAUCUUCAGAUAAUCCGUGGCCAUUAUGGAACAGCAGCAGCAAUCGACACUGAAAAGCAAAACGAACUCCUUUCAGGCCAUUCAGCAAUAAGUGCACAAAUCCGCAGAGGAGUAGCAAUUAACUAAUGCUAAGUUUAUGUUUUAAGUAGCUUUCCAUUUUCAAUUUGUUAUGUGCAAUUUUUUAUUUGGACACCUCAGUUUUUAAUUCUUAACGUGGCCAUUUACUGAAGUACGUAAAUCAAUUAUCUAUAUGCAAUCAUCUUUUAACCACACGCGCAUAUCAAAAGAAGCGGCUUCUCUUGAGAGGAGCGUUUUAAGUUUAAGCAACCACAAUUCUAAACAUAUACUAGAACUAAAGUAUAUUUCUAUAAAUAUUUUUUACAACAAAUAUACACGAUUGCAGAUGAAUUCCAUCUCUUUGCUUUUAUAAUUUCAUUUUAUUUUGUAUUUACUUUUUCGCAUUGUCAAUUUCCAAGUGCGAAGGGCAAUAAGAGCUGAAAGCAAUAACUAAGCUUCAACAUAUCAAAUGAGUUUGGAUUAACUAAAAGCAUUUCAAUAUUUGCGCAACCAUUCUUACUUCUUAAAAAUAUUUGUACAGCCAAGCCAUUAAUAAUCUGGCUUUAUUUGCCGCAUGUAUCCAAAGAUAACUGAAAACACAUUCUGAUGGGUUGACUGAAUUAUUGGACUGCUAUUUAUGUUUAUCCUGGCCAGAGAAGUGGUUCUUAGGAACUAUACUGCAUACUUAGCGGGCAAUCGAUUUAUGCCCAGACUCUCGAAACUCGAAACUGGAAACUCUUGACUGCCAAACGGCGAAAUUGUUUAGCAUUUAUCAGUCGAAUAUGCUUAUCGGCAAUAUGAAUACAUACGAAUAUGAAUUGGAAUCGAAAUCGGAGCUGGGCGAAUGUCAAAACUCGACUGUGCCAGCGAGCAGACGGAAUCGAAAGGACGGACAGAGACGACAAAUGCAAUGAAAUGUUCCCUAUCAGCAUGCACAUAAAUCAAACAUUUCAAACAAACAUUUUUGCCGUUGACUACGAAUAAUAAUAAUCAAAAAUGCCAGUUAUAUGGAUAUGGAUAUGCAUAUUCGGAAUGUGUGUGGCCCAAGGCGAAGGAUAUGCACAAAACACACCCACACACACACAUACAUAUAUAAAACACUCAUACAUACAUACACUGCGACAUCUACAUACGUAUACAUAUAGGCAACUGGAAAGUUGAAACCGAAUCAGAUUCAGAUCAAAUUUUGUACAGUGCGUUUUAUUUUUUGUAUCUGCGUGUAAAGGAUUUUUGUAUUAUAACUCGUAUAUACUUGUAUUUGAGAAUUUGUAUUUGACACGACAAAAACCAGGUAAACAAAGACACAAGAACAGACAAUUGCACUUUUUAUACAGAUUUAAAUACAAACUAUACAUAGUGAAAGAUCUAAUCCAAGACAAAAGCAAACCAAAACCAAAAUCCAACAAACAAUACAAAACAACUUGACCAAAAAUAUUGAAAAGGCUCCUUGAUCCCGCCCCGCCCACACAAAUACGAAAUGAAAACAAAUACGGAGAAAUAAGGCCAAACACAAACACGUAAAAUGCCAUUUAUUAAUUAAAAUAAAAUAGUUAUUGCAUCCAGCGAAAUGGUAAUUAAAUUUAUUGCAUUAACAUUAACAUGAAGCAGCCCAGUAAUGAAAAAGAAAAACCGGAUAACCGGAAAACCCAACCAAUCUUAAUAAAAUGAGAAAAGGUGAACUACGAAUAUGGAUGUUGUGAUACUAUUGAAAAAUGCAUGUGCUCUCAUUUAAAUAAAACAACCUUUAACCCUUUCCUCCAAUUUCCCUCUCCCGCCAUUCACCCUUUUCCGAACAUUUUUUCAUUUAUUUCAUUUGCGUUAUAGGGAUAAUUGUGCAUAAUCAAUUAUUUUGCCACAUUUAACUGGGCAAGCCAUGUGUAAAAAAUUACAAGGAGAAUAUUCAUUCCCCUAUUUGUAUUUCGAUGGGAUGCGGAUGUUCAAUAAAAUAAAAUACAUUCCAUCAAAUGCUGUUUCGUGCUUUGCAUAAAUGGCAGAACACAAAAUGGGAGAAACUAAAACAUUGUAAAGUUAAUUGAAUUUUAAAGAUGUGAAUUCUGUUAAAUUGGGCUAACUAGAUGAAAACUACAUGUUAGAAAUAUUAUAGAAAUCUAUAUAUUCAUCAUCCCAACUACAUACAAAAACCCAACUGCUUAUCAGUUGCCAACAUUAAGACGAUUUGCAUAGAAAGGCUUGACAAAAACGACAAUAAAAUGUGAAGAAAAUGUUUUUGGAAAAUGCAACGAUACGAAACUCUAUCAUUUACAAUUCUUACUGCAUUGUACCAAACUAUAUCUACCGAAAUAUCAUUUUGUAGAGCUCAAACUAGUAAUAUCUGUGUAAUGGCAAUGCUUCGUGAAAAACAUAUCUGAGCUUAAGAUAGAUACUCUGAAAUUUAUUCACACAUCUGGCCCAUCAGCUUAAUGCAAAAUGCCCAUUAAUUCAGUUGAAAUCAUUGCAAACAGGACUGUCUCUUGGCAAAUGAAAUUAUAUUUUUGUUCCUGUUCGUUUUCAUUGGCAAAUACGUGGUGAUUGGCAUGAUGCAGGAAAAGUAAUGUAAACGCAAACCAUUC